UUGAAGGCAUUUAGGGUUUUCCCCUUUCUUUUGGGGUUUCAUUUCUGACUCGAGAAUGGAUUGUUUGAUUUAUGGGGUUUGUUAGGGGAGUCUUUGGGGUGUGGAUGAGGAUUGACAGUAUGUCUGGUGAUGGAUUAGGUCCUUCGACUGGUCAAUCGAAGCUCAAUUGGAGGGUUCACUUCAGUUCGAUGGAGGAACAAAAGUUGGAUUUCUUCCUUCUAGUUUAUAAUAAUGGUUCUAUGAUGGUGUCCCGUCCAGAGGAGGUCUUCUCUUACUCAGGGAUGGGUGAUGAGGAGUUGCUUGAAGUUCAGGAGGCCACUAGUUUUUCGAAUUGGGCAUCUCACUGUUUGUUAUCUUGGAGUACCUCUGGUUACUUGUAAGCUCACUGAGAAAGAUUGUGGUCCUUUAAUUAAGAAUGUUACUUAUAAGGUAAGUGGUUAGUCUGCUCGAUUUAUGUUCUAUGUGGGAAGGUUGCAAUUAAUUAGGAGUGUGCUUUAUAAUAUUUAAGCCUAUUAGUGUAGGCAUUUCUUUUUGUCUAAGGCUGAUGUUAGGAUAUUAGCUCAACUCUGUUCACGUUUCUUUUGGAAGAGAAGUGACAAGCAGGCUCGGGAGGCCAAGGUUAGUUAGGAAUUGUUUGUAAGCCUAGGGAUGAGGGUGGCCUUAGUCUAAGAGAGUUGGACACUUGGAAUACUGCUAGUAUUGUUCAACAUAUAUAUGGCUUUGAUGGGUGGAGCGAGCUCUCUUUGCCUACAGUGGGUUGAGGCUUACGUGCUGAAAGGGAGAAUGUUUAUGGAGCUUCAUAUUUCUAACGUGUGUAGUUGGUAUUGGAAGAAGUUACUGGAAUUCGUAGUAUGGCCAUACAAUUUGUGAAUUAGGAUACGAGGAUAUGGGGGCAACUGGGGAUGUUUAAGGUUAAAGAUAUUUGGUAGGGGGUUUGACACCAGUGUGCGAAGGUGCCAUGGGUGAGUUUUAUUUGGUUUCCUUAUCUAAUUCCUUGGAAUGGUAUCAUUGUGUGGUUUGUGUUGUUGGACAGGUUACCAAUAAAAGAUAGGCUAUUGAAUAGGGAAUGGAGGUGAAUGGAAGCUGUUGUUUUUACUCAGAGUUGGAGUUGAGAGAUCAUUUAUUUUUCGGGUGUGGUUACUUGAAGAAGGUAUGAGGUGGUGUCCUUGCCUUGUGUCCAUUGUCGAGGCAGGUUGGUACUUAGGUGGCGUUUGAUUCGCUGGAAUGUUUAUGAGGGAAUUGGAAUCUGUGAAUGAAUU